AUGACUGCCACUCUCACUAUAAAACAACUUGACGCAAUCCAAGACCUUAUAUUUAAUAAGCUAGUACAACAGCCUACACGAAUAAAAACCAUAGUCCCAUGCCAACUAUACCUUGUGGAACGGUUGGUUUCUCAGUGCAGGUUGUUGGAGAAAGAAGGUUACUGCGAUUAUGAGCUAGCGUAUAUACUUUAUGUUUUACUGAAACGCUACUUCGAACAUUUUGACGCAAAGAUAAAGGGAGCAAGUGAUGAGCUUCACUCAAUGGUGAAAGGCGUUAUAGAAAAGAGGGCACCACAGGCAGAGGUAAUUCGAAAUCAUUUACAUGUUGAAACCAAUGAUGAUGAUUUACUUGAUCGAUUCAAAGCACUAAAGGAAGGUAGCAAGUCAACAAUAGCAGUAGCAACAAAGCGAACGGUAGCUUCCAACGGGUAUCAAGAACUGGUCAGUCCUACAGAUCUCCACGAACUUGUCAAAGACAAAGACAGUAAGGUUUUACUCAUUGAUUACAGACCUCGUAAGGAUUACGUGCACAACCAUAUCAAGCAUCCAAAUGUUAUCAAUAUAGAUCCCUCUUUAGUGAAUGACCUUCCAAACGAGGCAACUAGCCAGGAUUUAGAAGCUAAAUUGAAACACACAAUGUCGCACCAAAAGUACAAGAUUUUUGAGGAUCGACAGAAGUUUGAUUAUGUUGUGCUAUACGAUUUCAAGUUUGGUGUGCUGGGAAAUAACAGAUUUAUUGAAAUCCUUAAAGGGUUUGAACAGGCAUCAGUCAAUCCAUUUCAACGAUUGGUUGAAUUAUUGACAGUUAAGAAUCCAUUGAUAUCUUCCCGACUUAAAUUGCGACCCAUUUACUUGUCUGGUGGGAUCAAAAACUGGUAUGAUAUAUAUGGCGACGAAGGUAUUGAAAACUCGCGCAAGCUGCUGGCUGAUGUAGAUAUGAACGGCAUGGUUUACCCCAAGUCUUUUGACGAUUAUUUAUCAUCAGCUAGAAAAAGUAGUCCCGUCGAGCUGGCAAAUGAAAAGCCCCGGGCGCACACAAAGAACAAUAUGCUGACAAACAAUCAAGGUGCACUGCUAGUAUCACAGGUAAUGGGUGUGCAACCAUACAAUCCUCCAUCAGUGGGCACAAUUACAACUAAAUCAGUUUCAAAGACAAAUGCUCCAUCGAGUAUUCCUACAUCAGUAGUAUCCUCCAAACCACAGAAAGACCAGAUAUCAAACUUACUAGAUGAAUUUGCCACAGGUUUGGUGAAUUUGGGUAACUCAUGCUACAUGAAUUGCAUGAUUCAAUGCUUGGCUGCCACACCACAACUAACGACUUUUUUUUUUCCAUCUAUAUCUAUGAAUGGUUCCUAUAAGCAGCAUAUUAACGUCAAUAACAAACUCGGUACACAAGGGAAACUUACCUCAGCCUUUGUUGAGCUACUUUUAAACAUGUUGAAUAAUAACGGAAAGGUUUUUAGUCCAUCAAAAUUCAAAAAGAUUGCCGGUGAGUGCUCCCCGGGGAGACAAUUUGCUUCAUGCUCUCAACAAGACUGUACAGAAUUUGUCACGUUCUUAUUAGACGGUUUGCAUGAAGAUUUGAACCAAAUGCCAGUUCUAGAUCCGAAUGAGAAAAAGAGGAUCUCAGAGUUAACACCCGAACAGGAAAAGAAUAGAGAAAUCUUACCAGUAAGGCUAGCAUCGACCAUAGAAUGGGAGAGGUAUUUGAAGUUGAACUUUUCCAUCAUCGUUGAUAAUUUUCAAGGACAGUAUUUGUCUCAAUUACGUUGCUUAGAGUGUAGGACAACUUCAACCACUUACAAUGCAUUUUCCAUAUUGACUCUUCCUAUUCCCGAAAGGUUGAAUCAAACACAAAAGGUUACUUUGCAGGAUUGUAUUGAAGAGUUUACCACCACUGAGUUGCUCGAAGAUGGAAACAAAUGGCAUUGCUCACGUUGCAAAAAGUUCACUCGAUCAACCAAAAAAAUUGCAAUUACUCGAUUGCCUCAAGUUUUGAUAGUCAACUUCAAGCGGUUCAAAGUAAACACCAGUGGACAAAUACGCAAGUUGGAGACUUUUGUAACUUAUCCAGUGACUGAGAUGUUGGAUUUGACGAAGUAUUGGACAAAGCCAGGAACUAUCAUGGGCGAUGCCGACGCACCCAAGAUGUCCAUCGAAGAGGAGACCACUAUUAUUGAGUCGUUUCCAGUGAGAAAUCAAGAACCUCCAUUCAGAUACAAACUCUAUGGUGUCGCCAACCAUUUUGGCACCCUCUCUACUGGUCACUACACUUCAUAUGUUUACAAGAGGGGAAAGAAGCGGUGGUGCUACUUUGAUGACUCCAAAAUCACUUUUAACGUUUCUCCAAACGAAGUUAUGAACAAGAAUGCAUUCUGUUUAUUUUUUCAACGUGUAUAG